CGUCCAGUGGGGGCCAUUGUUCACCAAUCCCAUUGAAAAAAUCGAACCAUCGUGCUGUAAUAAACUGUAAUAUAAUAUGUGCAAUUGGGCUUCUCUUUGCUUGGGUUCAGCUCAAGUAACAAAAUUCUCUCUCAUGGCCCGUCGGCUUUCCGGUCCAAACCCAACACCGAUAUCCAAGCCAGAUGCCUUAUCCUUAAGUUAUGUCUACAUAUCCAACUGAAAAUCUGUGUAAGACUACGUGCAAGCAAAGAACACCAUAAAACACAAGCACAUCUUUUCAGUUUUUAUCACCAUUCCUUUCAGUUUUUGAGGUACUCUCUCUUCAUUCCUUCUUUCUAUCUUUCUCCCUUUAGCUGGUUGUAGAGCAAAAUGAUCUUCCUUGAACAUUGAGCACCAGGAAAAAAGAAGACAGAAAAUCAUUAUCAAUGACACUGUUUUCAACUGAGUUAGUUACCCAUAGUCUACCCUUUACUACACAACAACUAAAACCAACUUCAAAUUCACAUUCACAUCAUACUUCUUUGGUGAGUUGCUUAAACCAUGAGAGUCAGGAUAGUAGUAGUAAGUCUAGAAACAACCAAAAAGUGAGGGUUUCAGCUGAAACAAGACCAACCCAUCUCUUAUCUUUUGAUUUUAAAGAGACUCAUUUGAUGAAACUACUCAAUAGGUCAUGCAAGGCAGGCAAGUACAAUGAAGCAUUUUACUUUCUUGAGUGCAUGGUUGGCAAAGGGUACAAGCCUGAUGUUGUUCUUUGUACAAAGAUGAUUAAAGGAUUUUUCAAUGGAAGGAACGUUGAGAAAGCUACUAGGGUGAUAGAAAUUUUGGAAAAGUAUGGUGAACCUGAUGUUUUUGCUUACAAUGCAAUAAUUAGUGGGUUUUGUAAGAUGAACCGACUUGAUUUUGCUAAUAAAGUGCUUGAUAGGAUGAGAAGUAGAGGGUUUUCACCUGAUGUUGUUACAUACAAUAUAAUGAUUGGGAGUUUUUGUAGUAGAGGGAAACUUGAUUCAGCUUACAAGGUUAUUAAUCAGUUGUUAAAAGAUAAUUGCAAGCCUUCUGUUAUUACCUACACAAUUUUGAUAGAGGCAACCAUGCUUCAAGGUGAAAUUAAUGAAGCUAUGAAACUUUUGGAUGAAAUGUUAUCGAAAGGACUUCGACCAGAUAUGUUCACUUACAAUGCAAUUAUUAGAGGAAUGUGCAAAGAUGGGAUGGUGGAUAGAGCUUUUAAGUUUGUUAGAAGCUUAAAGGCUAGGGGUUGUCAGCCAGAUGUGAUUUCCUACAACAUUUUGUUACGAGUACUUUUGAAUCAGGGGAAGUGGGCUGAAGGAGAGAAACUAGUGACAGAGAUGGUUUCUAGAGGUUGUGAACCAAAUGUUGUUACGUAUAGCAUCUUGAUCAGCUCUCUUUGUCGUGAAGGAAAACUUGAGGAGGCUGUAAAUGUAUUAAAGAUGAUGAAAGAAAGGGGUUUGACUCCUGAUGCUUAUAGUUAUGAUCCAUUGAUCUCUGCAUUCUGCAAAGAAGGGAGACUAGAUUUGGCAAUUGAGUUUUUGGAUUGCAUGAUCUCUGAUGGUUGCCUGCCAGAUAUUGUUAACUACAACACAGUCUUAGCUACUCUGUGUAAGAAUGGAAAAGCUGAGCAGGCUUUGGAAAUCUUUGAGAAGCUUCGCGAGGUUGGAUGUCCUCCAAAUGUGAGUUCUUACAACACUAUGUUCAGUGCACUAUGGAGCUCUGGGGAUAAAGUCAAGGCUUUGGAAAUGAUAUCAGAGAUGCUAAGUAAAAGAAUUGGUCCUGAUGAAAUUACUUACAAUUCACUCAUCUCCUGCUUGUGCAGAGAUGGGAUGGUAGAUGAAGCUAUCGAGUUGCUAGUUGACAUGGGAUGUAGUGGGAUUCCCCCGACGGUAAUCAGUUACAAUAUCGUUCUUCUUGGUCUAUGCAAAGUACACAGAAUCAAUGAUGCCAUUGAAGUGUUAGCAGCAAUGGUUGAUAAGCGAUGUCAGCCAAAUGAAACCACUUACAUAUUAUUGAUUGAAGGGAUUGGUUUUGCCGGAUGGCGUUCUGAAGCUAUGGAGUUGGCCAAUGCCCUUUUCAGAAUGGAAGCUAUUUCUAAAGAUUCAUUCAAACGUUUGAACAGAACUUUUCCUUUGCUUGAUGUUUACAAAGAAUUUGCUGGUUCUGAUUCUAAUAAGUAGCACCCAUUAACCAUUUUGUCACGUAUCAGCAACAUGAGCCCUCUAACUAUAAUCUUGCCAUAUCUUGUUUCAACACUCUUCUUCUAUCAAGUUAUUUAUUAUCCUCUCUGAACUUGGAAGGCGA